AUGAUUUCCUUGUGAGCUACGCAGCUCGUCACGGAGUUACGUAAAGGGGCAGAGAGUGCGUCAAUGAGUUAAAGCACUCAAAACAGAAUUUAGUGACAAUACCACAGCUCAUGUGUUGAAGCGAGGUCGGGCUGUCAUGGACGAGCGGGACACCGCAGCUAUCCUUCCCGGAGAUGUGCUCAGCGCCCAGGCCACCGACGAGGAAAUGUCCACAUACGGCUCAUGUGGACUCAAAGAAAAAGAUGAGUCUGCCGUUUCGACCACCCGCUCCUGGCGGCCACCUUUUGCAUGCACGCUGCCGGUGACUGUGGAGCCGGUGAUGUUCUUCGCCAUGUUUUCAAUUGCCCUGCAGUCACCUUUGGCCACACAGUAUGUGUGGGACAGAGUCAGCGACGAGCUCGGCUACAACGGCUCCAGGAGGUCCGGCUGCCGUAACGACUCCAUGCCCACAGAUCCUCUACAGGAGCAAGUGCAAACCUUGACAGCCCACUGGAACCUCUACAUCAGUCUUGGAGGAUUUUCUGUAGGACUAUUGGUGGUGCCUCUCAUAGGAUCUUGGAGUGACCUUGCGGGUCGUAGACGUGCCCUCAUCAUCCCUAACCUGGGAAUGGCUGUCCAAGCGGCGCUUUACAUCGCAGUCAUGUACCUAAAGCUUCCUUUGAUCUACUUUCUCGUGGGCAGGCUGCUCAGUGGCCUCACGGGGGAAUUCAACGGAGUCUUGGCUGCCUGCUUCUCUUAUGUGGCGGACAUCAGCGACAAAAGGACACGCACUGUCAGGGUGGCUGUGUUGGAGGCUUGUCUGGGCCUUGCAGGGAUGUUUGCGAGCGUCAUUGGCGGGGAGUGGCGAAAGGCACAAGGGUACAUCAACCCGUUCUGGCUUGUUCUGGCCAUUAACUUGGGGACAGCUCUGUAUGUUUACCUCUUUGUCCGUGAGUCUGUCCCGCUAGACCCAAGUGCCAAGCUCCUCACCUACAAGCAUCAUAAAAAUGUCUGGCACCUCUUCUCAACAGGAGGCACCACUGGUCAGACAAAUGGAAGCACUCAUAAAUACAAACUGUGGCUUUACAUGCUGAGCUUCUUCCUGGUGGGUACUGUACACUUUGGCAGCAGAGAUUUGUAUGUGCUGUAUGAGCUGAGCUCACCACUUUGCUGGGGUUCGACCCUCAUUGGCUAUGGAGCAGCAGCUCUACAGAUGGCCUACCUCACCAGUCUGAUUGGGCUGAAGCUCAUGCAGAACUGCCUGAAGGACUCCUGGGUGGCUGUGGUGGGUCUGGCCUCUAACAUCUCUGGGCUGCUGGUUUUUUCUGUGGCUAACACGACUGAGCUCAUGUUCACAGGUUAUGGUCUGUUAUUUCUCUUCAUUGCUCCAUUGCCCGUGCUCAGAUCAAAGCUGUCCCAGCUGGUGACCCAAUCAGAGCAAGGCACCCUGUUUGCCACUGUUGCCUGUUUGGAUAGCCUAUGUUUCCUAGUGGGCAGUAGCCUCUUUAAUUCACUCUACCCCCUUACGUUAAAUUUCAUGAAGGGGUUUCUCUUUCUCUGUGCUGCCAUUCUCCUCCUCAUCCCUGCUAUGAUGAUUAGUGCUCUUCAGUGUUUAGACUACAAGAAGGGCCACAGAGACUCCAUGAUGUCCUGACCUGAAGAGGGACAGAAGACAAGAGCCUGUCAAAGAGUUAAAGGUCUCAAUCUAUGAGGUGAGCUGCUCUGACACAAAGAACCCAUCAUAACCUGAUGUAUGAUGGGAGAGACUUUUGAUUCUAACACAGUGCCAUGGCAGCUGGCUGCUGUGGGGAUUUUUUAAUUUAGUUUCACAGAAAUGAUGAAGACAAAAUGAAGACUGAACUACUGGAUGACGUUUUAACAAACUUUUAUGUCAUUAUGAUAAGAUACUGGAGAAUUGGGCCAUUACAAAUCCCUGUUCGCUCUUAAAACUAGCCUUUGUCUUAAGAAAAUUCAUCAUAGAAAUGGUGCUAUGACCAAGACUGAAUAUAUGCAUUACGUGCAUAGUUUGAAAAAUGCCCAAUUAUGUGCCUUAAUCUUCUUUUUUUUAAUUAUAUACAAUAUAUCAUGCCAGAAGCUCUAAUGGUACAAUGCAGAUAAAGCUGAAUUUAAGAGGAAACUUCUUAGUUGUUGAGUUAAGAAUGUUAAACUUUAUGGGUUCUUUGUGAUUUACUUUAAGAGGGUAAAUUUGUAGCUUGGCAUAUGAAUCACCUGACACAGGUAGCAAAGCUGUUCCCUUUUUAGAAAGCCAUAACAGACUUCUGUGGCACUUUACUUUAGUGGGGCCCCAGUGACAGAAUAAUUUUAUAGUCAUAAGUGGUAAACCAGUAAUUUCUGAAGAAUAAGGGGGUACAUCCUAGGAAGAAUUGGUAUUUUUUAAGUGAUAACACAGAUCAAGGAAAUACUUACACAGUAACAAUGCAUUAAUUAUGAAGUAAUUCCACAUAAUAUUGUGGCUGGUUGGUAUUUAAGUGGUAGAAAUAAGAUGAUAUUUCCCGUUUAAGUUGCUUGAUAAUUAUCGGGUAAUUUCUUUAUUUUAGCACACUAAAUUAGGUGAGGUCUUCCUGAAAAAUGUUCAUGUAAUUUUCAGGGUUAGGGGUAAGGUUAUAGUAAAAUACCACCUAAUUACCAGAGAAUUUACACAAUAUUAAAAGGAAUUACUUCAUAAUUAAUCCAUUAUUACUAAGUAAACACUUCUUGAAUAUUACUAUAUUUCAGAGUUAUUACUUGUUGAAAUACCAACAUAUUACAAGGUAAUUUCAACCUUAUUCUUGAGAAAUUACUGGUUAAUUGCCACUUAUUACCAUUAAAUUGCUAGAAAAUUAGGACUCACUAAAAUAAAGUGUUACCCAGUCUUCCAACAGAAAAAGUGGACAAUAAGUUUAAAGCAUAUAAACUUAA